GCGGUGAGGCGGAGAGGAAGUUGGGUGGUUUCCGGCGACUCCAGAUUCUCCACUUGCUCUUUCUCUCUAAGCUUCCAUCUAGUGAAGAAGAAGAUCAACAAUUUAACUAUUUUGUAUUAAAAAAUUGGGCAAAAGAGCUUCUACUUACCUUCAUUUUCACUCCUUCAAUCCCGUCCCUCAAAUUGUUAAACCUAGCUGAUCUCUCUUUUCUCCCGUACAUUUUCUCUCUGAAACAGAGAAAACGACGGGCAUUUCCUCAUCACCGGCGACGAAGAAUCAUCGCUAGAAAUAGCAAACACAAGUCGCUUUCAACUCAUCGCAGACUCAGAUCCCGACGUUUGAUCAGCUACAUGAUUUCCUCAACAAGAUUAUGCUCCAUAGUGCAUUCGGAGGAAGAGGCUUGCGGCAGCUAGAGGAAGAAGACACGAUAAUGAAACAAAUAAGCGAUAUAUCGUCUGAGACGAAAUUUCAGUAUCUUUCUUGGAUUUCACGGCUGUGCAUAGCUGGUGUAAUGAUAUGAGACAAAGCUAGAACCACAGACAAGGAGGGAUGACAAUGGAUCGGAUUCCGGGUUGAUAGAACCAAGUUCUGAACCCGGAUCCGCUCUGAACCGGUGCGGGUUUGUUGUUUGAAUUUAUAUCGGGCCGGAUUACCCGCCCUCACCCAACCCGCGCCAAAUCUGGUGAAAUGGUUUCCUUCCUGCUCUUCUUGUAAAAGUGAGUGGCCUUCUAUAGCUGCAUGCUAUCUCCUCCUUCAUGGACGUCUCCUAAUCACCUCUGUCUUCUCCUUUCUCCUCUCCUGUGCUUCUCAUUCCCACACAUGAACCAGAACGUCGUCUCCCUUUUUCUUUUUUUUUUUUCUUUUCCUUUUUUGUUGGUCUUGUCGCUCUGUUUCUUUCUUUCUUUUUUUUUGUUUGCAAGAUAAGCAUCGGAAGCUGUGAACUAUUGAACCCUAAAUUGAAGAAUAAAGAAAGAAGAACAAGAAGCGAAGUGGAGAAAUGAAGGGGGCUGCCGGCUAGGGUUUACUUUGUGGGAAGUCACGUUCGGACGGGUUUGGAACCCCAAUCCGAAUACCGCCCGCCCCAGAUCCGAUUUUUUUUGAAAAGCGCACUGGGUCAGUUUCGGAUCGAACGGAUAAUGCGAGUCCGGAUGAGUCUUACGGAUCCGAGCGGGUCUUGUCAUCAAUACAGACAAGGAAAAAAGAAAUGAAGAACGGGAAGAGACACCGGGCAGAGGUAGCAAACAGUUUGCCAGAAUGGGAACGAGAGUUCAUGAGUUACAAGGCAUUGAAGAAACAAGUGAAGUUGAUUCAUUAUCAGCUUCAGAGUGGAAACAAUACCUCAGGAAUUGGCAAUGGAGAUCGUUCAAAUGGAGGAACCGAUGAUCUGGGUAUUGGGUUCAGUCAAUUGUUAGAUAGUGAACUUGAAAAGGUUAACAAGUUUUAUGCUGAUAAAGAGGAAGAUUAUAUUAUCAGAUUGAAGGAGAUACAGAUUAAGGUAACCAACCUGGUCAGUAAUGAAGAGAAGUUAAUAGUGCAGAAGGAUAUUUUAGAUUUCCAUGCAGAGAUGGUUUUGUUAUUGCAUUACAGUGUCGUAAACUACACAGGACUGGUGAAGAUUGUGAAGAAGCACAAGAAACGUGCAGGUGAGUCGAUUGGCUGGGGUUACGCACCAAGGGUUUUUCAACAACCAUUCUUCUCAACGGAAUUACUCUACAAACUCAUGAAGGAGUGUGAGGCAAUGCUUAGUUUCCUCUCUGUCAGAGACGAACCUUAAUUAACAUCUGCUUGGAAAUAUUAAAUGAUUGAAGUGCCUUUACAAGAUAAAGAUAUGAACUAAUUUAAAUAUAUGGUUUUGUUUGUGUUGUGUUAUUAAACAUAAGAUGUUUAUCAAAUUAAUAUAGUUUAAAAGCUUGUAUUAUCUACUGCAACUUGUAGAAAGUUUACACAUUCUCUAAUCACAUGAUUUGAGAAAUGGCCUAGAGUAUUUGAUAAAUUUGCUACAAGAUGAA